AUGGAAUUUAGUAAUACUAGUCCUCAUUUUACUUUUAUACCACAACUAACAAAUGUUAUGGAAUCAUUUCCAUCAUCUUUAUUAUGGUCUAAUAAUUCAAUAUCAUUGGAAUUGUUAGCAGCAAAUAUAAAAUUAAUGCAACAAUCUCCAUCAAUUAUUCCAAAACCAACACCUAUAUAUCAAAAUACACUAAAUUUUCUUCAAACACCUCAAGAUGUUCCAUUAGACUUGUCAACUACAAAUAGUUCCAAACAAUUAUCACCAAUAAAAAUUACGCAAAAAGAAGAUAUAUCAUUUAAACAAAAAACUUUUUUACCUACAUGUACUAACCCUGGUGAUGAUAGUAAUUUUAUCAAAAAUAAAUUAGAAAAAGGAAUAAGUAAUGAAAAAUCUACGUUUCAAAGUAAUAGUGUAACAAACUCAACUAUCUCCUCCUCAGGAACCACUGUCAAUAGAAUGUCUUAUCCAAGAGAAUUUAAAUUAAUGGUCAUAGAUUAUUUCCAUAAUAAUGGACAAAAUAAAUAUCGAACAUGUAAACAAUUUCAGAUAACAAAAAGUAUGUUAAAUGGGUGGAUUCAAAAGUUAAAACAAAUUGAAUCAUCACGUCCAGGAUCUUUAAAAUCAGGUCGUAGUGGAAGAAAACCACAAUUUCCUAAUAUAGAAAAACAAUUAUUUAAUUUAUAUAACAUUCAAAUGGAUGCCGGGAAAAAAGUUAGUAAUAAAUGGAUAAGAGAAACAGCCAGAAAAUUAGCUCAAGAACAAUGUUCAGAGAAAGAACUUGCUGGUAUGUGCCAAUUUUCUGAAAGAUGGUUAAGUAAUUUUAAAAAAAGAUAUAGUAUAAAUUUAAACAAAGAUUAUAACUUAUCUAAUGAAUCUAAUAGUACAAACACCAAUGAAGAUGGUACAAGUGAUACAGAAUCUAUUGAAAGUGAAGAAUCAGAAAGUAAAAGCUUACCAAUAAAAUUAAAUAAGACGGAAUUACUUAACGAGAUAAUUAAUAAUAAAACUGGACAAUUACCAAUACAAGCAUUUUAUGAAAAAUAUCCAUGGUUAUGUAAAAAAUCAUCAUCGGCAAAUAGAACACCAUCUAUAUAG